AUGCCAUUUAUAUAUAUGUAUAUAUAUGUAUAUAUAUGUAUAUAUAUUUAUCUGUCUGGAUGUAUGUGUACACAUAUCAAUGGGACCCGUAUGUUCAAAAGGAUGUAUAGCCAGAUUCAUAAGCCCAAGGUGAUUGUGAUUGCAGGGACUACCGGGGUGGGUAAGUCGCAGCUGUCGAUACAGCUAGCCAAGAGAUUCAAUGGUGAGGUGAUUAAUUCAGAUUCAAUGCAGGUGUACAGGGGGUUGCCGAUUAUUACGAACAAACAUCCGUUUGCCAAUCGGGAGGGUAUCGCACACCAUGUAAUGGACCAUGUGGAUUGGAAGGAGGAGUAUUAUUUGCACAGAUUCGAAGACGAAUGUCUAAAGAGUAUCAAGGAGAUACAUUCACGUGGGAAAAUUCCGAUUAUAGUUGGUGGUACACACUAUUAUUUGCAAAUAUUGUUUGCCAAAAGGGUUUUAAUCGGCGGACGUGUUCCGAGUGAGAAAGAAAAACGAAUAUUGGAAUCUAAAGAUCGGCGGGAGUUGUAUGAAGCAUUACGGAAUGUUGAUUUGUCAAUUGCGAAUAAAUAUCAUCCCAAUGAUACCCGACGUGUGCGGCGUAUGUUGGAGAUAUAUUAUACAAGUGGGGUAAAGCCAAGUGAUGCGUUUUCUAAUCAGAGAAAGGAGCUGAAGUUUGAUGCGUUAUUUUUGUGGGUUUACAGUAGGCCUGAGGAGUUGGAGGGCAGGCUAGACGAUAGGGUAGAUCAAAUGUUAGAGCAAGGUGGGAUUGAAGAAAUUAAAAGUUUGCACACAUUUUACAGAAUGUCCAAAUUCACUCAGGAACAGCUUGAAAAUGGUAUCUGGCAGGUAAUUGGGUUCAAAGAGUUUCUGCCUUGGUUAGAAGGAAAUGCGGAGCAGCAUGGCGGGAUGAGUUUUCAAGAGUGUGCAGAUAAGAUGAAGCUUAGAACCAGGCAGUAUGCAAAACGACAAAUCAAGUGGAUACGUAAGAUGCUGGUGCCAGACUUAAAUGGAAAUAUCUAUAUUUUAGAUGCCACUAAGUUGGAUGAGUGGGAGGCCACAGUGUCUCGUAGGGCAAUUAAUAUAACCGAAUCAUUUCUGGAAAACAAUAUAAUUACUAAUGAACGUUUUGUCCCUCAUGGGCUGGAGUUUUUAAUUAGUCAGCCAACAGAUACAUCUAGUCCAAAAAAUGAUGGUGAAUGGCACCACUAUCGAUGUGAUAUAUGUCGCGAUAAGGAUCAGCAGCCAUUAAUUGCAAUAGGCAAACGGAACUGGGAACUCCACCUUACGAGCAGACGCCACAGAUACAAUCUUAAUAAGGAUAAGAAAAAAAUGACUACGAGUGACAGGUAG